AUGACGUCGAUGGGAAUGCAGUUGCUCGGCUCUGUCCUGGGCCUUUUGGGCUGGAUCGGGGUCAUCGUGGUGUGUGGAGCCCCAAUGUGGAGAGUCACUGCUUUCAUCGGAAACAACAUAGUGACAUCGCAGACCAUCUGGGAGGGCAUCUGGAUGAGCUGUGUGGUCCAAAGCACAGGACAGAUGCAGUGCAAAGUGUAUGACUCCAUGCUGGCUCUGGGGACGGACCUCCAAGGAGCUCGCGCCUUGAUCGUGGUCUCCAUCAUUACAGGAAUCGCGGGUCUUCUGAUUGCUUUUGCUGGGGGUAAAUGCACCAACUUCAUCCCAGAGGAAAGAGCAAAAACAAGGGCUUCCAUUGCAGCUGGGGUGGUUUUGAUCAUCAGUGGAUUUCUUUGUCUUAUUCCGGUUUCGUGGACUGCAAGCAUGAUUAUAAGGGACUUCUACAACCCCAUACUGGUGGACGCACAGAGGAGAGAGCUGGGGGCUUCGCUGUAUGUCGGAUGGGGAGCAGGGGCCCUUCUGGUUCUGGGAGGGGGUCUUCUCUGCGCAAACUGCCCCAAAAGCGAAGAAUCCCCGUCGGAUAAUUAUUUGCUCAACAAAUCGACAGCAGGACGAAGCAGGGUAAACUCAGGCAGAUCGCUCACUCCAACAAAGACUUAUAUCUGA